CCAAUUCCAUUUAUUGCAGCAGGACCCAGUACUGAAAAAACUCGAGUAUUGGAAGAAAGUUUGAAUAUGUUGCAACAAUGCGCAGAAAAUGAUAGUGAUUCUGAUUUGAAAAAACUGGUAAAUAAUGCUGUGUUGAUUAAUGUUACCUAUGGGAAUGGUAGUGCUGCCUCUAUAACAGACAGUAAUAUUAGUGGUGAAAUAAGUUUGUCAUUACAGAUUCUCUAUCGAUACUUUGUGGAAGGAGUUUCUGAUUUAGAAUUUCGAGUUAAGAAAGCUGUGCAGGGAGAAGUAGGAGUUACUACUGCUAUUGAUGCACCAGCCGGAGGCAUAAUGGCAGUUGUGGCAAAGCCAGUAGGAAAGGCAGUAGAGGGAAUUGGUGAAGCUGCUGAUGAAGUUAACAAUUUAUAUGAAUUAGAAAAUUCAACUUUUGAGACUAUGGUAAAAGCUUUUGGUUCAUCAUGUUGUGUAUAUGGUUCAAUUUUUUAUGUACCUUUACUUUCUGAAACAAUUUACAAACCCUUGCAUAAUAUUGUCACAAAUUUGCAGUUUCCAGUUAACACAAACCAUCAUUAUCAUCGAUAUCUUGUUGAUAUUGGUAGUCAUUGUCGAACAUUGGAAUUCUUUUAUCAGCGAUGCUCUAAUUACAUUGUCAACACUAUUGAUUUUCUACAGGUUAUGACUGAUGUUUAUGUAUUAUUAAAGGAACGUUAUGCAUUUGAGGAAUUUGCUCAAGAUAAUUCCGAUAUUAUUGCUGGUUGCUUGCUAGAUGAGGCAAUGAUUCUUGAUGAGAGAAUAAAAGAAUUAAGACAAUAUGGAAUUGUAAUUUUAGUGGAGAAUCAUAGCAAUGGAAUGGUAUAUUUACAUUUGCCAUAUAUCAUGCUUUGGUGCUUGAUGACACUGUCAAACAAGUCAAAUAAAUUAUAUCAAUUCUGGAAAUCAAUGAUUGAAUCUUCUGAAUUAUUUUACUGGCAAAAUUGGGAAGACUUUUUUGGCAUUAAAAUUUUGUUUACUCUCUGUGCGUAUUGUGGUGAUAUGCUUAAAGACAUUAUCAUAAAGAUUCCGGAAUGGAAUUCUAUUGAAGUUCAUUUUAUAAAAGAAAGGUUUCCAACAAAUGGUACUUGGACAGUCACAAAUCUAUAUUCUAAUGAAAAGCUUUUAAUAAAGGAGAAAAGUCUUGCAGUUUACAAAAAUGGAGAGUCAGCACCAUUUGAUGGGUUUAGUUAUAUUCAACUUAAAACUACCAACAGCAAGGAUGUAAUUAUGGCUUGCUUACAGGCUAAAUGGAGAAAAUUAGAAACUGCACAACCUCAGAAGAUUACGGAUAGUAUGAUUAAAAAAGAAUAUGAUUCUACAAAAAAGGCACUUGCUGAUAACCUUAAUCUCCAAAAUUAUGACUUCAUUUUUGUUUUAUUAUCGAUAUGUCCAUUGAAACAAGAAAAAGUUAAUAUUAAUACAGCUGAUAUUUGGGAAUUAAGAUUAAUAAAAGGAGUAGGAGAACAGUUAGCAGACGAUAUUUCUCUAAUGCGUAAAAGGAAACGUUUUGAUAAUGAAGAUGAUUUAUGCAAGCGCACAAAAUUUCCAAAACUUGCCGUGUCAUCG